AUAUAUAUAUAUAACUCUACAGUAGCUCUGCAGAAUAACAGAACAGCCACACCUUCCAAGAGGGAGACUCGCAUCAGAACUCCACUUUCAGAACAAAGAAGGACGCGUAAAGCGCAGUCGAGUGGUUCAAGCAAUGUAUACCCCAGUGAAGUUAGGUUGAUAUUGAAUAUUGGCUAUUCGGGUGGAUACUCAACAGUUUCUGCUCCCCCUGCUUGUCUAAACCUGGCCUCAGUCCCAAACCCCGCCUCUUAGAGCUUUACACAAUUCCAAGAAAUCAGCGCAGUGAAGUUUCUGUUGUGAACUUGUCAGUCUCUCUGUCUCACUGCAGCAAGAAUGGCUUCAAACUUGUGGUCAGAGGAGCACUUGAACUGUCCAGUGUGUAAGGAGCUAUUGAAGGAUCCAGUCACUAUUCCAUGUGGACACAGUUACUGUAUGGGGUGUAUUAAGAACUGCUGGGAUCAGACUGAUCAUACAGCUGUCUACAGCUGCCCCCAGUGCAGAAAGACCUUUACCCCAAGGCCUGAUCUGUGCAGAAACACCAUGCUUGCUGAAGUUGUGGAGAAAUUAAAGAAGACAGGACUCAAUCCUCCUCCUGCUCAAAGUUAUGCUGGACCUGGAGAUGUGUCGUGUGAUGUCUGCACUGGGAGAAAGUUCAAAGCUGUUAAAUCCUGUUUGACGUGCCUGGCCUCUUACUGUGAAACACACGUCAAGCCACACAGUGAGGUUACUCCAUUAACGAGGCACAAGCUGAUCAAUGCCAUUGGAAAUCUGGAGCAGAAGCUCUGUCCUGAACACCAGAAGGUUUUGGAGGUCUUCUGCAGAACCGAUCAGACGUGUAUUUGCUUGUUGUGUACAGACGAGGAUCACAAGAGCCAUGAUACAGUCUCAGGUGAUGCAGAAAGGAUUGUGAAACAGAAGCAGCUGGGAGAGACACAGACAGAAAUACAACAGAGAAUCCAGGAGAGACUGAAAGAAAUUGAGGGGCUGAAACAGGCUGUGGAGUCACUGAAAAGAUCUGCAUGCAUAGAAAUAAAGGAAAGUGAGAAGAUCUUUAAUGAGGUGAUCCGAUCCAUUGAGAAGAUCCACACUGAGGUUAUUGAGCUGAUUGGAGCUAACGAGAAAGCUGCAGUGAAUCAGGCUGAAGGACGCAUGAAGAAACUGGAGCAGGAGAUUGCUGAGCUAAAGAGGAGAAACACUGAGCUGAAACAGCUUUCAGAGACAGAGGAUCACAUCCAUUUUCUACAGAAUUUCCAGUCUCUCUGUGCCCCUCCUGAAGCUGGAGGCUUACCCAGUGUUACUGUCAAUACAGGCAUCUCUUUUGGGGCUGUGAGGAAAGCUGUAUCUGAACUUAAAGACCAUAUUGAGGACUUCUGCAAGGGGGAAUUAGUCAAAAUAACCAAAACAGUGAAUAAAGUUGCAGUUUACAGUCUGCAGGCUCCAGAACCAAGGAACAGUGCUGCAUUUUUAAAAUAUUCUUUAUCUAGAUCCACACCUCAAGCAUCAAACAUGAGAGUCAACACAGUCCCUUCAUUGUUCAGGUCCAUCGCUGCCACGCUCAACCCUGGUGUUACAAACUGCUGACUGGCUGCAUUCAGUACUGGAGUCUAACCAGAUCGAGAUUUAAAAAAAAAAUACAAAUAAAAAAAUAUCCACAGAAAUUGCUGAACAUUUUAAAUGUGUAUAAUUCUGUUUAGUUUCUGUCAGUGCUAAAAGUAAUACCU